CUAGAAAACGAAAUCUCUGAAAGCGGAAAAUUUUCUUAAUUGAAAAUCACCGUUGUGCUUGUCGAGAAAUUCCAAAGCAGAGGAAAACUAGAAAAAGAGAAAACGAGAUGGGCGUUGCUCAAGCGAUGAAGAGAAUCCCUCGCAUCAAAUUUCCCCAAAGACAUCCCAAACCUUCUGAUUCUGGAUUGCAGCCUCAAACUGCAAGCAAAACUGGUGAUGGUGAUCUAACAUUCUUCUCUAGUUCUAAGGCUCCUGCAACUGUUGGAGGGAAAGCUUCUCUUCAGCCUAAAAGAACACCUGUUUCUAAUGAGGAAAUUGAGGCUAUUUUGUUGGGUGGCUGUUUCUGAUCAUCUCAUGGAGUUUCAACGAGGGAAGACAAUUAUAUGGACUUCUAAUUUACUCAUUCUUUUUUCUUAUCACAAUAUCGAAACUUGAACAUUCUGAUGAUACUGGUAUGCGGUAAACAGAAAAAGAGGCAACACUAUUUUCAAUGAAUAAACACAUAGAAAGACAAGUGAAUUGAAGCCUUUGCUGAUGCAUAUUUAUUAUAUUUUACUUAUAAUGUUGAUUCUUAAUGUUAAAGACUUGUGAGUU